AGAUGUUUUAGAGUGAUUCAACUUCGCUGUGAUUACUUCAAAUCAAAGCACAAUUUCGAAAAUUUCGGGUAGCUUCACCGAUUAUGGAGAUAUAUCUUCGUCAUGCCUUCACGACGGUUCAUCUAUUUAUCACAAUGAUUUGUAGCAAGCAAUUGGUUUAUUCAGAUAACUUUCAUAAGCAAAAAAUAAGCGAGUGUCAAGACAACACUGCAGAUUGUUCAGCAGGACAUGGGGAACCUCAUAAUAUCCAUUUAAGUUUACCAAGAAUCAACGGAGUGAAGGUUGGUCAUGUUCAAGAUAUGGAGUUGACUGAGGGUACCAAGCACACUGUGAGAACUCUAAGCUUACAACCACCAGUGUUUGAAAUUCCAAAUUUUUUUACCGAUGAAGAAUGUGAAAUGAUCAUCGAUUUAGCGCAAGAAAAGGGAAUGAGCGAAACUCCGCUGACCCAAGAUAACGACCAGAGCGAUAAUACAGAUUCGAUAGAAGACAAGUUUAAAGCUUGGGACAAAAAUGAGGAUAAAUUUAUCGACAAAACUGAGGCCAUUCAUAUAUCUGAAAAAAGAAAUACAUAUUUAACAGAAGAUGAUGUUCAAGAGAUGUUCGCUGCCUUGAACUUAGAUCAAGACAAAGAUGGUAAACUUUCCAUGAAAGAGCUUGAAAAGACUUCAUUAAAAGACCUAAACGCUUAUUUUGACAAAGAAAAAUUGGCAAAACCGCGCCUGCGCAGUCAUAACAGCCAGCAGGUAUGGUUAUGGCACGAUGAAGAUGAACUUUUGCAAUACGAAGGAUUGCUAGAAGAUUAUCACGACCGACUUCAACAGCUUACCAAGCUGCCAAGGCCGAUAAUAGAGCAAAGUGAGCCCGUACAGGUCGUACAUUAUAAGGAACAAGGACAUUAUCACUGUCACCAUGACAGCCAGGCGAUCUCGCAUGACAAACCUUGUUGUAUGUAUGGCUCUAGUGAUUGCAGGCUCUGCAGAUAUCUAACGAUCGUGGUCUUUCUUAACGAUGUCGAUGAGGGAGGGGAAUGUGCAUUCCCCCUUGCUGAUAACACGACUUUCAGCUGGCAGGCGUGGGAGAGAAGAGAAGGAUGGAAGUGUAAUCUUGCACAAAACUGCCAUAAAAGUAACUUGGUGAUUAAACCAGAGAAAGGAAAAGCCGUCAUGUGGUAUAACCACCAGCUGGACAAAAACACAGGUUGGCUUAGUGAUUUGGAUCAGUUGGCACAACAUGGCGGCUGUGACGUAAUAAAAGGUACAAAGUGGGUGGCAAACCUCUGGUUGACACUCGUAGGAAAGCAAGGUACUGAGGAACCAUUCAAGGGAUGGAUUGAUUAUGGAAAAGACGAGACUAAAUACAAACCUGGCACAGAUUGGAAAGGAGAUCUAGUGAAACUAGGCAACGAGGAAGAAAGCAGUGACGAGAAAAAGGAAGAAACUGAACAGAAGAAAAGUGAAAUUAAGGAUGAGGAGAAAACAAAAGAGGAGAAAGAAAAAGCUAUAAAGGAGGCCAAAGAGAGCGGAGACGGUUCAUAUGAUGUGAAACUGGAACUCUAAAUGGGAAUCUUUAUUUAACCCGUUUAUCUCUCUAAAGAAAUUAAUUGAGAAAAAUUUCCUAACAAUUUAAAUUAGGACACGAUUUUAAUGGGCGAGGACAAUUAGCUACUUUAAAGAAUACGUUUUACAUGGAAAGCAAAUUCGGGGUAACCUUGACAUGUUCACUGACUCUACUCUAAGACAUUUUCACAAGUUUAAGCCAUUUAUUCCACAAAAUGACAUUUACCUAGACAUAACUGAGACAAAAGUGAUCGCGUAUCCAGACCUUCCACGGCCAAGCGAUUCAUUUCAGUUACAGAUACACAAUAGGAUCUGGGUGCGAGGUUACCGUUAAGUCAAAAGAGACAAAAACCCUCUACGUUAAGUUGUUUUUUGUUAGUAUUACCGUUUUUGAAUAAAUCAUUGUAGUUCCUUAGUUGCAUGGCAUCAUUUCAUGUUUGUGACCAUGGCCACUGUGAACACUUUCUUUUAGAUCCACUCGAACUGACUUAGGUAGAGGAUGGGAACAACCUUGCUCCAAGGGCCUUUUCCCUGAAAAUUGGCGAAAGCCUUGAGAGUGAGGUUGAAGAUGGGAAUACAUCAUAAAGAUGAACGGAAACCAGGAAAUAGGAAAAUUCUUUUAUCCAAACUCCCAAAUGAACUACUUCCAGUUUCGGAGAGAACACUUGACUUGAAGAUUGAAGAUUCUGAACAAAAGAUGAUGUAAGAUAACGCUAAGAAAAGAGGUUCAUUAGAUCAUACUUUCCCCUAUUUCAAAAGUAGUGACUCCAGCUGAAGCUUUAAACGAAAAAAGGAAAAACCUGUUUUCCAUACAAUAAAUCUUUUACUUCAGAACAUACCGACUAAAUCUAAAUCUUAUUUUGCAAAACUAACAGACUAGUAUGUCAUAUUAUACAUCAUGUAAUGUCCUCUGAGGAGGACACCAUUUUCACGCAUGCGCAAGAUUGGCGUGACAUGCAAUAAGAACACAGAGUGAAAAUGUUUACGACAGGACCAAUCUUUCCUGUAAUUAAAGGAAAUUGUUUUCUAAUCAUA